UGUGAUGUCAACAGAGUAUCCUAUCUAACCAGUAUUUUAUUAGCGACAGUGUUGUUGCUUUUUUGUGCUCCAUCUUUUCUCUCAUAUUCGAGUCAUUCUCGUUUCACUUUACUGUUAGUCUGUACGAGUUUUCGGCUCCGCACCCACUGGCGAGUGGACGUUCGGGGACACCUGUGACAUUUUGUCCCUGUUUGGAUUUGGAUACUGUACAUUUUGGGCUUCGACUUUUACUGAUGCUAGUUUUGUUUUUGUUUUUUUUAAUUAUUAUGAUUAUUUCCCUCUGCGUGGGAAUGUCUGUCGCCACCCAGAUGAAAACGAAUUGUGGGUAGUAGAUACAUCAUCCGAUACUUCCGGAAGUCACUUAAUCGACCCUCAGUCAGAGUCACGGGUGAGCGAGAGUCUAACCCAGCUGACUUUGGGCAAGAGGUGUGUGCACCGGUUAGAAUGUUUGCAGGCGGAAGACUUCAUCUGUGAGCGGAUUUCGACUGUCUCAGCAUGGCAAAGACUCCAUGGCCCAAAGGCACAGAGUGUGUGGCCACAUUCAGCUUUAAAGGCUCAUCAGAGCACCACCUCCCCUUUAACCAAGGAGAUGUGUUGACUAUCAUUACGGCCACAGAGGAUCCACAGUGGUACAUAGCUAAAAAUGCAGAAGGUCGUAAAGGGACAGUUCCCAGCAGCCACAUUCAGAAGUGCGUAGCAUCUGUGGAAAAUUGCAGCGAGCUGAAUCUUAUGCCAUGGUUUCAUGGGAAAAUAACACGGCUCCAGGCCGAGAGAUUGCUCUCCCCACCAAAGAUGGGCUUUUUCUUGGUGAGGGAAAGCACCAACCAUCCAGGAGACUACACGCUGUGUUUGAGCACCGACGACAAUGUGGAACACUACCACAUUAGACACCUAACCAACAGCAAGCUCACCAUUGAUGACGAAACAUACUUUGACAACCUCAUCCAGCUGGUUGAGCACUAUAAAAUCAUUGCUGAUGGUCUGUGCACUCGUCUAAGCACGCCAAAGUUGGAGCAGAAGACUGUAGCGGUGCAAGAUGAGUUUUUGAGAGGUGGCUGGGUGAAGAACAGAAAGGACUUCGUGUUACAGAAGGUUAUUGGACGGGGAGAGUUUGGAGAAGUCAUGUUGGCUGAGUACAAAGGGAACAAAGUGGCUGUGAAGUGCCUUAAAAAUAAUGCUACUGCGCAAGCCUUUAUUGCAGAGACCUCUGUCCAGAUGAAAUUGAGUCACGCUAACUUGGUGAAGCUGCUUGGAGUGAUUGCAGAAGAGGAUGGCACUUUGUACAUUGUUACUGAAUACAUGAGAAAGGGUACCUUGUUGGACUACUUACGUUCCAGAGGGCGGACAGUACUCACUAGUGUUGAUCUCAGUAAUUUUGCACUAGAUGUCUGUGAGGCCAUGGUGUAUUUGGAGUCCCAGAACUUUGUCCACCGAGACCUUGCGGCCCGGAAUGUUCUGUUAUCAGAGAAGCUCAUCGCUAAAGUCAGUGACUUUGGUUUGACCAAGAAAGUGUCUUCCCUUGAGGAUACUAACAAGCUCCCUGUUAAAUGGACAUCACCAGAGGCCCUCAAAGAAAAGAAAUUCUCCACCAAAUCAGAUGUUUGGAGUUACGGUGUUUUGCUUUGGGAGAUUUACUCAUUUGGUCGAAUGCCAUACCCGAAAGUCCAAUUGAAAGAUGUGGGGCCUCUUUUGGAGAAGGGAUACCGGAUGCCUAUUCCAGAUGGGUGUCCUGAAGCUCUCUAUGACAUCAUGAAUCACUGCUGGCACUUGGACCCUGAUUCUCGACCGACUUUUUAUUUGUUGAAAGAUUCGCUAUUAUAUUGCGAAGACGUGCUCCGCACACUGCUCUGACACCACACACGUCCUUGCACCUUCUACUUACAUCUUGGAUUGUGGGAGGGACAAGAAAAACCUCCGUUGACUAUCCUUUGACAUUUUUUUUUUUGGUUGACAAUGUUUCGAAUCUUGCUUAAGCCCAAUGACCUGCGAUUUGUGAAGUAUCAUUUGUUCAACACUUCUUCCUGUGUUCUGUCUGAAAGUGUUGAGUCUUUCUGUGCAACGCAAUGUAAGUUCAUACUCAAGACUGCUUUAUUAAAUGCUCAUGCACGA